AUGGACUUUAUUACUGCCACUAUUGUAACUGCAGUACAGAUAUUGUUUUGCCAUUCAGCCUAUUUCACUCGAGCUAACCGCGAAUACAGAACAUGCAGUAAAGGACAUGAUAUCCACAUACACAGUCACUUCGUGAUACUCCAUUCACUUCGUACUCGUAAGGAGCCCCGCGCCCCCGCCUCUCGGAGGCUGCCGCCAGUAGCCCGCGGACCGCGCUCUCGACGCCACACGUGCGACACACGCGCUCCCGUCUCUGACUACAUCUAUCCAUCACUGUUCACAAUUUGA